AUGGGCAAGGAGAAGGGGCAAGAGAAGACGAUAGGGAUCUUCGAGAUCCAGCAACAAACACCAAAGCAAAUCAAGAACCUGCGAGUGUUGGAGAAACAAGAAGCACGGCACAGUGGCGCGGUACCAGGUCUACCGGGAUCACCUCACAACAACGUAUACCCCGACCAGCCGAUGUUGAAGACAGUGAUAAAGACGAUGAAGCAUGGCGUCGCGACCCGAACCUUUUUGGAUACGACCCACCGGCAUAACCUAGACGUCCUGGUGGUACAGGGACUCGGUGACUCGGGAGCAACAAGUAUUGAACGUAAAAACGACAACAUGAGUUCCAUCAACCACUCACCCCGACCGGACACACGAUCCCCACGGCUCCACCUUGCCCAUCCUACCGAUCAAGAGAACAUAGAGAUAUGGAAAGUGACCUCCGACGCCUGGAAAGACUGUCUUUCCGUGGAUAUGUACAUCAAAGAAGCUACGUACCUGAUGGCUGUGCCACUAGCGAGGAAUGGAGGAAUGAGUCAAUGGGUUCUGGUGGACAAGAAUCUCCCUCCAGACCAGCGACCUCUCCUAGCAUCCUGCGAAACGUUCCGAAAGCGCUCAUGGAUUAGCGACUCUGCGUGUAGCGUGACCGAGACGAUCACGCAUGGCGUCGCCAGUGUGUUCACCGAUGCCAAAUUCCGCGGUCAAGGGUAUGCCUCACGACUCAUGACCGAGUUUGCAGCAAAAUUACACACUUGGCAGACCGAGAUGACCGAGUGGGCGGCUAGUAUUCAUUUCUCGGGUAUUGGAAAGGAGUUCUAUUCAAACCUGGGAUGGCAUGCUUUUCCUAGUCACAGCCUCGAGUUUGAGCCAUCGGCCGAGGAACUGUCAGCUGCGGUGCCUAUCUUCGCCGCCGAUUUGGAACAGCUUUGCGAGAUCGACGAGGUUCUGGCCCGAAAGGCGCUGUCCGCUCCAUCCACCGUUGCGAAAGUCCGGCUGAGGAUCGUCCCUGAUUACGAACACAUGCUUUGGCACUGGUCAUCGAGAACAAGGCUCUUUUGGAGUCGGACUUGCAGGUCGAGGUCCUGCAAGCGGCUCUUUUGGCCGCAAAAAUUGAGGCUGCUGAAUGGGAACUACAUUCCCUGA